UGAUUUUGACGGAUAGGAUAGAAUAGCAUAAUUUUUUACUAGGUGUUUUCACUUUUUUCUUAAUUUUUUUUAAGUUUGGUUUGAGAGAAAGGAAAGUGAAAAUGGUUGAUAAAUUAGUUAAUAGUGAAGCUAAUGCUCGCAGAAUAAAUAUGGUUGAGAGUUGUUUUGGAAGUUCUGGCCAGCCGUUAGGUGUUCCUGGUAGGGUACUGGUUGGAGAAGGUGUGUUAACAAAGAUGUGUAGGAAAAAACCAAAAACUAGGCAGUUUUUCCUAUUUAAUGAUAUUCUUGUAUAUGGAAAUAUUAUUAUUAAUAAAAAGAAAUACAAUAAGCAACAUAUCAUUCCUUUAGAAGAAGUAAAAUUAGAAAGCCUAGAAGAUGAUUCUCUGUAUAAAAAUGGUUGGUUAAUAAGAACAGCUUCUAAAUCAUUUGCUGUAUAUGCUGCAACUUCUGUGGAAAAAGGGGAGUGGAUGGCACACAUCAAUAAAUGUAUUGAUGAUUUACUUAGGAAAAGUGGUAAAAAAGCUGUCGCAGAACAUGCUGCAGUUUGGGUACCAGAUGGAGAAGCGCCAGUAUGCAUGCAUUGUAGGAAAACCCAAUUUACUUUAAUAAACAGAAGGCAUCAUUGUCGUAAAUGUGGAUCUGUGGUAUGUGGACCUUGCUCAAGUAAGCGAUUCCUGCUUCCCAAUCAAAGUUCAAAGCCUCUUAGAGUAUGUCUACACUGUUAUGAAACACUUACAACUGCUACAACGAAGAAUCACAAUUCGUUAGACUCGUCUAUUAAAGGUACAAAUGCGGAAUCUUCUGGAGAAGAUGACUCAGAUGAUGAUGAGGGUGAAAUGAAUAAACCUGAAGCUCAUGACCUGCCCAAGUUCUAUGGCGAUAAUGAAAAAACCGAAUAAUAUUAAUCUACACCGACAUACUUUACUUCCACUUGGAAUCAUAUCUGACGUUAAAGUAAUUUUAGUUUGUAAAAUGAUUCUAUUUUUAAUAUAAACUCAUUGUUAUAUACACAUACACGAAAGUAAUAUUAAUACAUACAAUGAAUUGCUGUGUAAAUUAUUUAAAAAAAAAUUAUAUAUAAUAAGAAUAUAGAGAUCUUAAUUAAUAAAACAUAGUACAUUUAUAUUCUACAAACCCGAAUAUAUAUAUAUAUAUAUAUAU